GAAGCACCAAUUACACAUCAACCGUGCAAGAACGUACACUCGAAGGAUUUGGGGCUGAUCCGUUUUCGAUCAUCGAUCAAUUUCACCAGAAAUUGGCACCGGCGACAAGGUUAGGUGCGUCGCGUCUCGAAGAGGUUGAAGAGAUUCAUUUAAUGCCUUUCACAUAUCCCAGGUUUGUGAUUCGGAGGAGAUUGCGAAUCAGAAAUUCGAGUUAAUUUUGUUAAUGCUACGUGUGGGGAAUCCUGUAAUUGGAUUGUAUCUCAGUGAUUCACGUUAGAGUUUGAGCAGCAGACAAAGGGAUCGGGAAUGGAAGGGCUGCAAGGAGGUUCGGAGAGAGAGAAAUCCAACUCAUCGUCGUCCUCCGCCCCAGUAUCUGCUGUUACUGCUUACUGGAAAGAAUUUGAUUUGGAGAGAGAAAGGACAAUCCUAGAUGAGCAAGGGCUUAGAAUAGCAGAAAAUCAAGAAAACAGUCAAAAAAACCGACGUAAACUUGCAGAGAGCACUAGAGACUUCAAGAAGUCUCCAAAUGAAGAUAAGUUGAAGCUGUUCAACUCCUUACUCAAGGGCUAUCAAGAAGAGGUUGAUAAUCUCACCAAGAGAGCUAAGUUUGGAGAAAAUGCUUUCCUUAACAUUUACCAGAAGCUUUAUGAAGCACCGGAUCCUUAUCCAGUUCUUUCUUCAAUUGCAGAGAAGGAUACCAAAUUGUCUGAAUUGGAAUCUGAAAAUAGGAAGAUGAAGGUUGAGCUUGAAGAAUUCCGUGCUGAAUCAGCUCAUCUAAAAAACCAACAGGCAACAAUAAGAAGGCUUGAAGAACGCACUCGCCAGCUAGAACAACAGAUGGAGGAGAAAGUGAAAGAAAUAGUUGAGAUUAAACAACGCAAUUUGGCAGAGGAGAAUCAGAAAACAAUGGAGGUUCUAAAAGAAAGAGAGCGAAUGCUGCAAGAUCAAUUACGCCAAGCACAAGAAAGUGUUUCUACCAUGCAAAAACUACAUGAAUUUGCACAGAAUCAGUUGUUUGAACUUCGUGCUCAGUCAGAUGAAGAAAGAGCUUCAAAACAAUCAGAAAUUAGUAUCUUACUGGAUGAAGUUGAACAAGCACAAACUCGGCUUCUAAGUCUGGAGAGGGAGAAGGGUCUUCUGCGGUCUCAGUUACAAACAGUUAACGAAGACAGUGGGCAAAAGAAGAGUGAUGAUUUGGAUGCAAAUGCCAUGCUUGAGAAUUCUCUUAAUGCCAAGGAAAAGAUAAUCUCGGAGUUGAAUAUGGAACUUCACAAUAUUGAGACAACCCUGUCCAAUGAGCGAGAAAAUCAAAUGAAUGAACUAAAGAAGUUGAAGACUCAACUUAAUGAAAAGGAAAAUGAGAUUGAGGAGUUGAAGAAAGAGCUCCAAGCAAAGCCAACCGAAAAGCUUGUUGAUGAUUUGCGUAAGAAAGUUAAGAUUUUGCAGGCUGUUGGCUAUAACUCAAUUGAAGCUGAGGACUGGGAAGUAGCCACAAGUGGGGAAGAAAUGAGCAAGAUGGAGUCAUUACUUCUCGACAAGAACCGUAAACUGGAGCAUGAAGUGACACAAUUUAAGGUCAAAAUUGCUGAAAAGUCAUCUUUACUGGAAGCUGCUGAAUCUAAGAUUGAAGAACUAACAGCACAAGUCAAUGAACAACAAAGACUUAUCCAGAAAUUAGAAGAUGAUAUACUGAAGGGUUAUACUUCCAAUGAGAAGAAAGGUAAUUUUCUCGAUGAUUGGGACUUGUCAGAGUCAGGAGGUGUAAACAAAGUUGAGAAUUCAGAACAAAGGCGUGGUCCUUCUGAUCUAGAUCAAAGCUCUAUGCUUAAGGUGAUUUGCAGUCAACGUGAUCGAUUCCGUGCUCGUUUGCGGGAGACUGAAGAGGAAAUAACAAAACUGAACGAGAAGAUCGGUAUGCUAACUACCGAACUUGAGAAAACUAAAGCAGAUAAUGUCAAGCUCUACGGGAAAAUCCGUUAUGUUCAGGAUUAUAAUUCUGAAAAAGUAAUAUCUCGAGGAACAAAGAAGUACGCUGAAGAUUUAGAAAGUGGAUUUAGCUCUGACGUUGAGUCCAAAUACAAGAAAAUCUAUGAGGAUGAUAUAAACCCAUUCGCAGCAUUUUCAAAGAAGGAAAGAGAUCAACGGUACAAGGAGCUCGGAUUGAGGGACAAAAUAACCCUCAGCAGUGGGCGGUUUCUUCUAGGAAACAAGUAUGCAAGAACAUUUGCAUUUUUCUACACUAUUGGGCUGCACAUUUUGGUCUUCACUUGCCUUUACAGGAUGUCUGCCUUGAGCUACCUCAGCAAUGGUCCUGAGAAAAUGGUUGUUGGAGAGAACGUGAAUCUUCCACACCCUCAGUAAUAUAAGUAUAACAAACACACACACAGAUUAAUAUAACUACAACUCUGCUCUUGUCUUGUCUUGGUGAUAUUGCUUUUUGUUUUUGUAUAAAUAUUUUCCUAAUUUUUAACAUCAUUACAUCUUACAUUCA